AUGGGACAGGCCCUGAGUAUCAAAAGGUGUGACUUCCAGGCAGCAAGAAACAAUGAAGAGCACCACACCAAGGCCAUUAGCUCCCGUCGCCUAAUUGUAAGGAGGGGGCAGCCCUUCAUCAUCAUCCUGCAUUUCCAUGCUCCAGUCCAUGCAUUUCUGCCUACCCUGAAGAAGGUGGCCCUCAUUGCACAAACUGGAGAGGAGCCUUCCAAGGCCAACAGGACCCAAGUCACAUUCCCCAUUACCAGUCUGGGUGACCGAAAGUGGUGGAGUGCAGUAGUAGAGGAGGAAGAUGCCCAGUCCUGGACUAUCUCUGUGACAACGCCUGUGGAUGCCAUUAUUGGCCACUAUUCACUCCUGCUGCAGGUCUCAGGCAGGACCCGACACUCCCUGGGCCAGUUCACACUGCUCUUUAAUCCCUGGAGUCGAGAGGAUGCUGUAUUUCUGGAGAAUGAGGCUCAACGCAGGGAGUAUUUGUUGAACCAGAAUGGCCUCAUCUACGUGGGUACAGCUGACUGCAUCGAGACGGAGCCCUGGAACUUUGGCCAGUUUGAGGGGGAUGUCAUCAAUCUCAGCUUAAGCUUGCUGGGCAUGGACAAGCAGAUGGAAGAGUGGAACAACCCCAUGCAUGUGGCCCGGGUACUGGGUGCCUUGCUACAUGCUCUCAUGGAGAAGAGUGUCCUGCCCACCCUGCAGACUCAGGUCACCCAGGAAAGGGAGUUGCUGACCAAGCACCGGGGCAGUGUACCCAUCCUCCAGCAGUGGCUCACAGGCCAAGGGCAACCUGUGUAUGAAGGUCAGGCCUGGAUGUUUGCUGCUGUGGCUUGCACAGUGCUGCGCUGCCUGGGAAUCCCUGCCCGCGUCGUUACCACAUUUGGCUCAGCCCAGGGCACUGGCGGGGAACUGCUUGUAGAUGAGUUCUACAAUGAGGAGGGGCUUCAGAACGGAGAAGGCCAGAGAGGCAGAAUCUGGAUCUUCCAGACUUCUACAGAGUGCUGGAUGGCCCGGCCUGCUCUGCCCCAAGGUUAUGGUGGAUGGCAGAUUCUAUACCCAAGGCUUCCUAAAGGAGGAAGAGUUCUGGAGGCCUGUGACCUGGUCCCAGUCAGAGCAGUCAAGGAGGGGACACUGAAGCUGACUCCUGCAGUUUCAGACCUUUUUGCUGCUGUGAACGCCAUCUGUGUGGUCUGGAAGUACCGUGACGAUGGGACACUGGAGCUGACUGGCUCCAACACCAAGUAUGUUGGCAACAACAUCAGCACCAAGGGUGUGGGCAGUGACCACUGUGAGGACAUCACUCAGAACUACAAGUAUCCUGAAGGAUCUCCUCAAGAAAAAGAGGUGCUGGAGAAAGUCCAGAAAGAGAGAAUGGAACACGGGAAAGGCAACAGCAUCCAUCUUCCCAGUCUUGAGAUUGCAGAUCCUUUGUACCUGUUUUUGGAAGCACCCAGCUCCCUGCCUCUGCGAAGGGAUGCCCAGCUCUCUGUGACCCUGGUUAACCCUACUGACCAGGAGAAGAGAGUACAGCUCACAAUUGGGGUCCAGGCAGUGUACUACAAUGGUCUCCUUGCUGCCAAGCUCUGGAGGGAGAAGCUGCACCUCACACUCAGCGCCAACCUGGUUAGGAGAAUAACCACCAGCCUGUCCUUCUCCUAUUUUGAGCAAAACCCACCUGAGAACACCUUCCUCAGACUGACUGCCAUGGCAACACACUUGGAGUCCGGACUCACCUGCUUUGCUCAGGAAGACAUCGCCAUUAGCCGACCAUGCCUCACGAUCCAGAUGCCAGAGACAGCAGAGCAAUAUCAACCUUUUAAGGCCUCGGUCAGCAUCCAUAACUCCCUAGAUGUUCCCAUGAAGGACUGCGUGAUCUGCAUCCUUGGUAGGGGGCUCAUCCACAGAGAGAGGACCUAUCGGUUAAGUUCAGUGCAGCCUGGAAGCACCUUGUGCACCCAGUUCCAGUUGACACCAACACAAGUGGGGCUCCAGAGGCUCACUGUGCAAAUGGAUUGCAACAUGUUCCAGAACCUAACCAACUACAAAAGUGUUACUGUGGUAGCCCCUGAACUUUCAGCUUAA